GGUGGCGGCGGCGGCAGCAGCAGCAGGAUGCUGAGCCGGCUGCAGGAGCUGCGCAAGGAGGAGGAGACGCUGCUGCGGGUCAAGGCGGCACUGCACGAUCAGCUCAACCGGCUCAAGGUGGAAGAGUUGGCCCUUCAGUCCAUGAUCAGCGCCAGGGAAGGAAAAAUGACCGCACCUCCCGAUACCGAGAUGGAGGAGCAUCAGAACAUGGACAAUGAAGCUGCUAUCAAUCAAACUAAAUUGCAGUUGCAAAUGCAUGUCAGUGAAGAGGAAGAGGAGGAGGAAGAGGAGGAGGAAUCCGAUUCAUGAAGUGGAGCAUGCAGCAGCCUGACAGCCUUUUCCUCCCAAACUCAGGAACCUCCCUGUCCACCACCAUUCAAGCAAAUUACUUCAUUGGACUUUGCUUGGUGCUACAGAGACCAAACAGUAUUCACAAGUGCAUCUGGGUUUCCCAAAGGCUUCCAGAGGCGGUGAUGAACUGUGGCGGGUGUUGGGAGAAUGCAGUGUCGAUGCAUCACUAUGUAGCAUGAUUCCUUUUAAACACAAACACACUUUGAGCCAAGUAGCAUUUGGGAAAAGUACAACACACAACUCCUCCCAAAGCAAUAAUCUACCCUUGGCAGCAUCCGCUGCUGGUGAAAGUAAGAUGAAAAAGCACCAAGUCUAAGCCAAUGGCACUAUCCAACCUCAAAUACUACAAACGGAAACGGUACUUUGGGACUUUCCUUGCAUGUAGCAUUUGAUUCUAACCCACGGUAUGAAACUUUGAACAUUUUACGUAUUGUCUACAAGUAAUAAUGGGGAACAUUUUGAGACAGAAGCUUUUACUUCUGAAGUGGGCAUAUGGAACAGUGUUCCUUUCAGCAAAAGUCAGCGGAUUGUAUUUGUGUGUAAAAUAGAGGGGGAGACUGUUCCUAAAAUCAGGGGUUUCUUGCCUUGAAUGAGGUACCCAAGUAUUCUCCCUCCCCCCCAAAAAACGCUUAGUUUGGCUACCACAGGCUUGAUUGCAGCGUGUCUAAAAUACCUUGGGCUUCCACCUAAGGGUUUUUAAGAUAGGUCCUGCUGGAAACAAGUGCUGUACUUAUGAUCAAGGGUGCUGAGUGCCUGCAAUGGGUGCUGGUCCUCAGAGCUGAAGCGCUUCUUUCCAGCCUCCCUUAGCUCUGUGCUGCUAUGGCAGAAGAAGCUGAUUCUUUCCUACCUGCCAACCCAGCAGUGCUGCUUCCUCUUAGUGAAGGGGAAGUGAAGCUGGUUGUUCUCCUGGGUGUUUUUAUUCCAUGUCCUUCUCAGCCCCGGGUGCUUUUUCCCCAGUGGGCUUAGGCAAGACCAGAGAGGGGCCUGGGGAGUUUUGGCUCUCUUGUUUCAUGUGUAUGUGAUCCAGUGUCAGGAUUUCACACGUGCUGGUUUACGGUGUAAUAGCUGAACAUCACCCAAGGGAGUGGGGCUAAACCCAGAUGUAUGGCCAUACAGAUGUGUGCAAACAGCUGAGGGGUCUCCUUAUCCGUCACAGGCUUUGAGGUGGAGUGAACAACUGCAAGCAGCACAUAAACUCCCAACUAAUAGUCAGGUGGGUGGGCGGGUUGGUGCAUGGGUGUGUAGCAUUAUAAAUUGCCCCACUUGCAAUUGCUAGUCUCUGGCAUGCACAGAUACUGGGAGUAGUAAUAUAUUACCAUUGUGGCUGAUUAGACAUUGAUAGCCUUAUCCUACAUGCAUUUGUCUAAUCCUCUUUCCAAGCCACCCAAGUCGGUGGCAAUUGCUACAUCUUGUGGUAGCAAAUUCCAUCGCUUAGCUAUGCGCUGAAGAGGUUAGCCUGAUGUGCCACAAGGAAGAAUGGAAGGAAAUCUACAAACUGAAUGGGAGACAAUGUGCCCAGGAGGAGGAGGAGGAUGCGCAGAUCACAAAGGGCAGCGCUGGAGAAGCAAACCUCUCCUUCCCCCCCCCCUUUGCCCAAAUGCCUUGAAUCCGUCUUG